AAAAUUUUUAUUUUAUUUUAUGCCAAAAAAAUAAAAUCGACUUUGGGACCAUAGUGCACUGUGACGAAUCCGACUACAAAUUUUUAGCUGAACGAAUCAGCAGUAAGUUCGGUGGCAUCCUUUCGAUCAAAUAAAUUUUGCAAAAGAAUACUAUCGAUGGCAGCUCGACAGCUAUCGAUAGUGCAAGGACUUCCAUCUCUAGUAACAGCUCGAGUUUCGUGAAAAAGCGAUAUUGUGAUUAUCGAUAGUGUCUCGAUGUUUUUGCAUCACUUAUUGUUGCAUCCCUAAAGUACGUUCUCCAUUUUUUCUUCGCCUUUUUUCUGCAUAUUGUGUGUUAGAGUUGGCACAGAAAUAUUGAAGUAAAUAUAUUGAAAUUUAUUAUAUUCGCCCGGAUAGAUUUAUUGACAAAAAAAGACUCGCAGUAGGAAAAAAUGCAUUUCUGCUUUAACUUGGCGAAACUUCGCUAGUUAAUUGUAAACGUAGGAAACUGUGUGAGUGUGCGGAAUUAUAACGGUAGCAGAAAGAAGUGCAAAUUUAUAAAUUACAAUAAAGAAAGACAAAAUAGACGUUUAAUAUGGAGUGUCUAGAGCCCGCUCGAUUAAAAAGCUCAUCUGUAGUUGACGAAUUGAAUUCCGAGCAGAUUUUACAGGAUGACCAGGAACGAUUUGAUAUGGAGCAGAAUCAAUGUCAAGUAAAUGCUUUGGAGCAAAUGUCAGACAACACUUCCAAUCCGACGGGAUUUCGAUGGAAGCGUGUCCUCAACCCUACCGGCCCUCAGCCUCGACCGCGUCACGGUCACCGUGCCAUAAAUAUUAAAGAACUUAUGGUUGUGUUUGGUGGUGGCAACGAAGGAAUCGUAGAUGAGUUGCAUGUUUACAAUACCGUUACUAAUCAAUGGUAUGUACCGGUGCUAAAGGGUGAUGUCCCAAAUGGCUGUGCGGCCUAUGGAUUUGUAGUGGAAGGAACCCGAAUGUUUGUAUUUGGCGGAAUGAUUGAGUAUGGAAAGUACUCAAAUGAUCUCUAUGAGCUGCAGGCAACCAAGUGGGAGUGGCGAAAAAUGUAUCCAGAAUCACCAGAUAAUGGCUUAUCGCCAUGUCCACGUUUGGGGCACAGUUUCACAAUGGUGGGGGAAAAAAUCUUUCUUUUUGGCGGACUAGCGAAUGAAUCUGAUGAUCCAAAAAAUAACAUACCAAAAUACCUAAAUGACUUGUACAUACUGGACACUCGUGGAGUUCACAGUCAUAAUGGUAAAUGGAUAAUACCCAAAACAUUUGGUGACAGUCCACCUCCUCGUGAGUCUCACACCGCAAUCUCGUUUACCAGUAAAGAUACUGGUAAACUAAACCUGCUUGUCUAUGGUGGGAUGAGUGGCAGUCGUUUAGGGGAUCUCUGGCUACUAGAUACAGAAUCAAUGUCUUGGGAAAAGCCACGAACCAGAGGACAAUUGCCACUUCCACGUUCAUUACACAGCGCUACAAUGAUUGCCAACAAAAUGUAUGUGUUUGGCGGCUGGGUGCCACUGGUAAUAAACGGUUCAAAGCCGACGACGGAGCGAGAGUGGAAAUGCACAAACACCUUAGCCGUUCUCGAUUUAGAAAAGAUGACAUGGGAAAAUAUCACUUUGGACACAAUAGAGGAAAAUGUUCCAAGAGCGCGAGCUGGCCACUGCGCUGUUGGUAUACAAAGUCGUUUAUAUGUUUGGUCAGGCCGUGACGGUUACCGUAAAGCUUGGAACAACCAGGUUAGGGUUUGCUGUAAAGACUUGUGGUAUCUGGAAGUGACCAAACCACUUUAUGCCGUUAAAGUGGCUUUGGUGCGCGCGUCAACACAUGCUUUAGAGCUUUCGUGGACGGCAACUACUUUUGCCGCAGCAUAUGUACUCCAAAUUCAAAAAAUCGAGCAAACUCCAGCGAACAGCGCGAAGCUACUUAAUCAGAGUCUGAUCCAGCAACCUGUAGCUGCAAAUGCCGCCAAUGGAGGAGGAGGCAUUGAUAAUAGUAUAAAUUCAUCAUUGGUAUCAGCAGCUGCAUUAAAAAGUGAGAGAAUCCCAGUUUUAGAAGUGGGCGUUGGUAGUGCAGGUCCCCUUCUUCCAACUGUGCAUCAAAAGUCAACAGUAACCCAAGGCCCUGCGUCCGUUCAAAUGAAGACACCAUCAAUGCCAGCGGUCCCGGCAACAGUUAGCGCUACUACAGUGCCUGGCACAAUAAAUUUUCAGCCACAGAUUUCCAUUGUUAGCAGCACUGCAGCAGCGGGUGGAAGUGGAAACGUAGGCAGCAGCGGUGGCUUAUUGUCAAAAGUUCGACACAGCCCUUCUAGUUCUUCUUCGAAGAUAGGAGGAUCUUCCUCAUUGUCAUCAGAUACAAAUGUUGCAGUGCGUGUAGGUAGUUCGGUUACACCUAGCGGUAUUGUUCUCACAUCACAGACAACGAGCAGCGGUGGACUACGCAUUAUUCCUGGAGUGGGAGUUAACACAUCAGCACCAACUGUGGUUGGUGCGCAAUCUUUGCGCAUAGCUACCACUAGUAGCAGUAUCAACAGCACAACUGCUACAAUAAUAAAAUCAACAACACAAUCUAACGCUUGUGGUACUGGAGCAGCUGUAGCUGGAUCUGGUACAACCACAUCGAUUGGCGGAAAACAAUAUUUUAUACAAAAACCAAUUACACUUGCGUCAAAUGUUCAGUUACAAUUCUUAAAGACAAGCAGCGGUGGCAUGACGGUUCAGACAUUGCCAAAGGUUAAUUUUAAUCUAGCAAAGUCCACACCAUCUACUACACAGGCAAUAUCAAUUUGUAGUCAGCAGCUUUCCUCCGGAGCAGGAGCUCAUAUUCAGCUAAAGACAACGACUACGACAGCAACUACAACACCAUCACCAAGCGGAGCUAGUGUAGGGCUUUCCCAACAACAACAGGAGCAACAAGCGCAGCAGAAGCCGCCCCUUGUAUCUGGUAAUGUGCUAAAACUUGUGUCACCUCAUGCCGUAUCCGGAGGAAAGUUAAUUAUGAAAAACUCAAACAUUCUGCAAAUGGGCAAAGUGACACCGAAUGUAAUGGGGGGCAAGCCAGCUUUUGUCAUAACAAACAAACAAGGCACUCAGAUAGGCAAUCACCAGAUUAUCAUUGUUACCACUGGCGCUACACUGCGCACUGUACCAGCAGGCACCGUUAUGAGCAGCGCAGGGGGAGGCUCCUCCAGAGGCGGCGCCAACAUUGUGAGCAUUGUAGGUUCGACUGGCACGACGACCACAACAGCAAUAGCCCAAGGUGCGACCCGAACAAUUAUUUCGGGCCAGAAUAAUGUAAAGAUGGUUCGCAAUGUGGGGGGCACGUCCACUGGGAGGCCCAUUACCCUCACUAUACCUACUUCCACGACAACAACGGCAGGCGGCACCAGCCAAAAGCUUGCAACCACAUCGCUACAGCAGCAGCAAAAGACAGCUGUUUAUAUUAGCGGCAAGCCGGUGACUGUAAUGAGUGGCUCUGCGAGUGGUGGUACUGGGUCGACGGUAGGGAAUAAGCUAGUCAUGUUACCUGGAUCAACGGCAGCAAGAAAGGGGUUCGUUAACAUCUUUAAUGCUGGAGGUGCUAGUGGUGUUACUGCUACUUCAAAUCAGCGCACAUUAACAUUAACUGCGAGAAGUGGUCCGCCUACAGUAAAAACAACUAUUCAACAACAACAGUAUAAGGAGAAAGACAAUGCUGUUGAAGCGUCUGUCCCGAUUGCUACAAUGACUGACUCAACAUAUGUCACUGCCGAUCCAAUGGAUGAUAUUAUUGAACAACUGGAUGGUGCUGGUGACUUGCUAAAGCCUCAAAAAAAUGAUUGUAAACAAGCUGAAGAUAUGGAUACUGAUGAAGAUUUUGAUGCUGAUAUUGAUAGUAAAGUCGUCGCUGCUUCAUCAACAGCAGCUGCGGCUGGACUAGUACAAUUGGGUAUGGAGAAUAUAGACGCGUCUAUAAAUAUUAGAUCAAAUCGAGUGGACGAUGUAUCUGGAGUUAGCAGUACUACGGAUGUGAAUUCUGAUGGACUCCUUGGAGCUAUUGCCGAAAAUAAACCUUUAAAUCCCAAUUUCGCUAUGUCAAUAACUGCUUUUAACAGAAAUAAGGGGACAGAGAGUAAUCAGCCGACAACGUCAGAGACAGAGGCAGCCAACAUUUUGACAACAAUAAAAUCUGGUGAUAUUCUGAGCGCUGGAAACAAUCUCACAGCAAUAUCAACGACUAGUGACACCGAUGGGGAUCAUCCGAAUGAAGGUUCACAAUUGGAUGCUUUAGCGUCUGCAGCUGUGAUGCAAGCGGCCACUGCAACUGCCGGCCACGUCUCUGGUACAGCCCCAGUUGCUUCACUUUCCUCUAUUGGCAAUGCUUCUAUUCCAAUAGUUAAUGAUAACGAUAAAUGGCACACAGUGGGCAUAUUUAAGGAACUUUCUCACACAGUCACCAGCUAUAUAGAUUACAAUUAUUUCAAGGAGCCACAUCUCAUUAGUUUUGAUGCCGACAAUUUGCCAGAUUUAUCUCAAUAUCCGCGCAUUAGCUUAGAUCCAGGCACAGCUUAUCGGUUUCGCUUAGCUGCACUCAAUACAUGCGGACUAGGAGACUGGGGCGAGAUAUCCAGUUUUAAAACCUGCUUGCCUGGCUUUCCCGGCGCACCGUCGGCUAUAAAAAUAUCAAAAGAUGUUAAGGAAGGUGCACAUUUAACAUGGGAGCCGCCUCCUGCUCAGAAAACUAAGGAAAUAAUUGAGUAUUCUGUGUAUCUAGCCGUUAAGCCAACAGCUAAAGACAAGGUAGCCUCGCCACAGCUGGCUUUCGUACGUGUAUAUGUAGGAGCGGCAAACCAAUGCACUGUGCCGAAUGCGUCGCUCUCUAAUGCACACGUCGAUUGCUCCAACAAGCCGGCAAUUAUAUUUCGCAUUGCAGCACGCAAUCAGAAGGGCUACGGACCAGCAACCCAAGUCAGGUGGCUUCAAGAUCCGACUACAACAAAGAUGCAAGGCGCUGCUAAUGUGAACAGCGUGAAGCGCUCCCAUGAACAAAUCUUAGGAUCAUCACCCGGCGGUGGUGGUGGCAGCUACAGCUCGCCACAAAAACGUGGUCGAAGUUCUGGUUUGCAGGCCAGCGAGUAACUAACAAAGUUCAAUUGCUUGCGUUAGUAAAUGAAUGUAAACGUUAAUAAAUUGCAUAAACUUAAGUUCAAA